CAGUGAUCGUGUCGUAGCUGUCAUUUUGUCCCCAUUAAUUUUGUUCAUUGUUAAAUUGGUGCUAUCGUCGGAAAAACAAUAAUUUAGAAAAGUGUUUUUAUGUCGAAAGAACGUGAAAAUCUUUAUAGUGAAAGUUGAUCUCAUAUUUAAGCUUUAGAAGAACUCCAGCAUAAGUUAAGAUGUCUACAAGAUCAGGCCAGGCCCAGAGACCGAACGGCUCCACCCAGGGCAAAAUUUGCCAGUUCAAGCUGGUCUUGUUGGGCGAGUCGGCGGUGGGAAAGUCCAGUCUGGUGCUGCGAUUCGUCAAAGGUCAGUUCCACGAGUACCAGGAGAGCACCAUCGGCGCGGCCUUUCUCACACAGACCAUCUGUCUCGACGACACAACGGUCAAGUUCGAGAUAUGGGACACGGCCGGACAAGAAAGAUACCACAGUUUGGCUCCGAUGUACUACAGAGGCGCCCAGGCAGCUAUCGUCGUGUACGACAUCACGAACCAGGACACGUUCGGCAGGGCGAAGACGUGGGUCAAGGAGCUGCAGCGGCAGGCCAGCCCCACGAUCGUGAUAGCGCUCGCAGGCAACAAGCAGGACUUGGCCAACAAGCGCAUGGUGGAGUUCGAGGAGGCGCAGACCUACGCCGAGGAAAACGGGCUCCUCUUCAUGGAGACCUCCGCCAAGACGGCCAUGAACGUCAACGAUAUAUUCCAAGCGAUAGCUAAAAAACUCCCGAAAAAUGAACAAACAGCAGGACAGGGCAGCAGCGGCCAGGGCAGGCGACUGGCAGAAAACGACACAGGCGCCAAGGCCGCGGGCAACUGUUGCAAGUGAUGGCCUUGCGCUCUCCAAGGCCACGGCCCGGUUAAAAUUAUUCUAAAAGGAAUAAGUGAACUAAACGGACUUACUGUGCUACGACACAAGUGAUAUGUACGUGUAAUAAAAGCCGCGCCGCGGCCUCUUUACCUUCUUUACCUUAAAACCAAAUUAAUAACAACAAAUUACACUGUCGCUCCUUUUUCUAUUUUCAAAUAGCGCCCCCCCGAAAAUAUUUCAUUUUAUUUUUAUGCGUAAGAAAAUUUGUGAUAAACGUACCUAUUUUUAAUUAAUUUUUUUUAGCUGACAGUGUGGGUAAAUCAAUAAAACCAAACCGUUUGGAUUGAUGUUAUUAUUUGCACUACAUAGAUACGUUUAUAUAAAUUUUAUUCACUGUAAAGUGCAAUUAAUUAUUGUUAUUUAGUCCACUUUUUUUCACUAAUACCAUCAAUCUGAAAGCACUUUCAAAGUAUACUUAUCAACACAAAAAAAGUGUAAAUUGAAAAUGAAAAUAUAUUAUGUGUAUUUUAUCAGUGUUGUUUCCAGUAAAGGUAUGUUUCAUAACAAAAAGUAUAUUAAGUUAUUUUAAUAAUAUAUAUAUAAAUAUAGAAAAUAGUCCAAUUUGAUUAAAUCCAUUGUUUUGAAACUUACUUUUCGACAUCGGUGCAUGACUGAGUAAUUUUAGAGAAAAUUGUCGGUUUCCUUUUUUAUAUUUAAUUGAUAUGCUCAUAAUGUUCACCGUCAUGCAUCAGACUAACUUUAUUCUAUACUUACGUCAUCUAUUUGCUGUCCUAAGUAUAAAAUAUUACGUUAAGAUUAAGUAUCGUUUCCACACACAAAUAAUAAAAAAUAUAUAUUUUAAAAGUGUAUCGAAGACUGCUUUAGCACCUGAACGUUUUAACGAAUUUAUUUUUGGACUUUUUGUUAUUUUAUAGGAUUUUAUUGUAAGUAGAUUAAAUCAAAUACUCUUUAUUUUAGUUGUGUUACAACUCCAGGCACAGAAAAAAAUCAGGUGCCAAUUUAGUCUUUAAAUGCAUUUUACAUACAUACAUAUUAUUUACUAGAUGUACAAUGUAGUAGGGUGUUUGUACAGAAUUUUAAUCGAGGAUACUAACAUCAUAAGGAAGGAAUCAUGUAUUAUAUUUGAAUAUAAUUAUAAAUUUAUUAUUAUUUUAUUUGCUUCUUGCUUAUUAUGCUAUGGUUAACAGUAUUCUGUAAGCACAGAAUAGAAUUGUACAGGAACCAUACUCAAUAAAGUUAUUAAAUUU